CUGUUAAGCCCCCCUCACGUGCCUCACACGUGAGGGUAAUUUCGUCAUUUCAUAUGUCAGGGACCAUUUUUGCAUAAACGUUUUUUUUGGAUUAAUUGACAUUUACCCCUCAUUUACUUUCCCCAACACUCGUCAACUCCCCAACUCCCUCCUUCUUGCUUCUGCUCCAUUGAACCUGCAAAAAACCCUCGUUGCUUAUCCAAACAAGAUAAUCGACACUACACAUAUAAGGGCAUACGUUUAAUACGAAAUGGUGUUCGUAAUGUGGCAUAUCAGACCAAAAUGCGAAGUUGUUGAUGUAUCAACUGUAUAUGCUGGUGCACCCACAUGGUUUAGUAUUAAGCUUCAUCACGGUGGGAAAUUUACUAAAUUACCUGAUAUAAAGUACAUUGGAGUUAUAUACUACCAUUUUAGGAUACCCAAUGGUGACUUUCAAUUUGGUCUUAGAGCUUUAGGGAAUGAUCAGGAUGUGAUCAACCUUUCUAAAUACAUUGCACAUAACAAGCUGAUUGAGGUGUACACAGAGCAUGGAAAGACAAAUUUAUUGACUUACUUCAUGUCACCAAAUGCAAAGGGUAAAGUUGUCAUUGAGGAAUUACCAGAAAAUGAUGAUCAAGGGGCUGAAGUUGAGGGUCAAGUUCAUGCAGAUUCUCCAAUGAAAAAUGUGAACCAUGGUAAUGGUGAGCCUAUUGGUGAGUUCAUGUCUCUGAUUCUUUUUGGGAGUAAGAAUGAUAGUUUCUCACCAGAGUAUAGAAGGGGUAGGGUUGGGAAUUCCAAAAUAGGUGAAAGUUCUUGUAGCAAAAGGCUUAAUUUAGAUUAUAUUGAUGAGGUUGUUCACAUUUCAAAGGAAAAGAAUGAUGAUCUGGAUGGUUCAACUAAUGUUCAGGAGGCAGCAACUUGUGUUCAUAUUGAUGAGAUGGAUGGUGUUAGGGAGGCUGCAAAUGUUGUUCAAGAGGCAUCAACUUUUGAUGAAGAAGGCUACAACACCCCCCUGUUAAUAAUGCUGAUGAACAAUUGA